CCACCAUGGGUGCCCUUGCUAUGGGGACUGUCCUGGGAUACUCUUCACCUGCUGGGGUCAAAUUGAUGUCAAACUCUACCACUGGAUCACUUCACCUCACUAAGGAACAAAAUAUGUGGUUUUCGUCAUCAAUGAACCUGGGAGCACUGGUCGGAGGUCCUGUCGGUGGUGUGUGUCUCAACACUCUGGGUAGACGGGGCACCAUAAUGGCCCUAGUGGCACCUUUCUCCUUGGGUUGGCUUCUCAUUGCUCUUGCACGGAACUUUGCCAUGUUGAUAAGUGGACGUAUUGUGACUGGCCUCUGUGCUGGGAUGACUUCCCUUGUUGUCCCCACUUAUAUUGGUGAAUAUGCUUCAGCUGAUGUAAGGGGAACUUUAGGAAGUGCAUUCCAGUUAAUGGUAACCAUUGGUGUGGUGUACUCUUAUGCAUUAGGAGCACUUGUCUCAACCUGGCAGUUGCUUGCAGGAUUGUGUAUAAUUCCUUCUAUCCUUUGCUGUGUGCUCAUGUUAUUUACAAAAGAAUCCCCAAGUUUCCUGCUUUCAAAAGGAAAAGAGGAACAAGCUACAGCUGCUCUUCAAUUCUUCCGAGGUAAGGACUGCAACAUCCAGACAGAAUUAGACAUGAUGCGGCAAUCCAUGGAAGAAGCUAAGCACAACAAGACCUCAUUGAAAGACUUCAUGAAGCCAUACAUUUUGAAGCCUCUCAUGAUCUCCCUUACCCUUAUGUUCUUCCAGCAGUUCUCUGGAGUCAAUCCUGUUCUUUUCAACUUAACUACCAUAUUUAGUGAUGCUGGAUCUAAGUUUUCUGAUAACGUGAGCUCCAUCAUCAUUGGUGUUGUGCAGGUGGCUGCAACAUUUCUGGCUACUGUGCUAAUGGACAAGGCUGGAAGGAAAUUACUACUGAUUGUUUCUUCAUCUCUCAUGGCUCUUUCCAUUGUUGCACUGGGAGAGUUCUUUUAUGAAAAGAUGGAAGACGAGAGUUGGGCCAUAAAAAAAUUGAGUUGGUUGCCUCUUGUCUCCCUCAUUAUCUUCAUUUCGGCAUUCUCAAUUGGAUAUGGCCCCAUACCUUGGCUAAUGAUAGGUGAACUGUUUCCCUCCAAUGUGAAGGAAGCAGCUGGAAGUUUCUCUACUAUGGUCAACUGGAGUUUAUCAUUUGUAGUCACUUUAUCCUUUGUUCCACUUCAAUCUGUCCUAGGAGUCCACGGAGUGUAUUGGCUCUAUGGCAGCAUAUGUGUCGUCAACCUCUUGUUCUGUGUGACACUUGUGCCGGAGACAAAGGGCAAGACCUUGGACGAAAUAACUGCUUAUUUUGGUGGUCCCUUUUCUUCAGGAGGUUCACAGAGAGCAGGAACCAAUGAAUUUCAAGUCGUGUUGUAGGUAUGAUCAGUUGACUGACUAAAAUAUCCCCUGUAUAUCAUUAUUUAUUGAUUUAUUAUUAUUUUUUUUUAAUUCAUUGUAGUUGACUCUACCAUUUGCCAUAGAUGGGACAGGGUAUUUAAGUAUUUCUGAAUUUGGUGUAUUUGAUAUUGGGGAAGGUGUGGUAAAGCCAUAGAGAUAUUAACUUAUUGACCUUUGUAUCUUGGUAAAAUAUUGUAGUACAGUACUGUACAAAAGUUUUUUUUGCAUUACAAAUUUAAUCAAUACAAGGUGUAGUAAAUACACAAGGUAUUGUAAAUAUAAACUAUAAUUACAAUUACUUUAACCAUAUACAGUAUCUGUACUGCAGAACAUUUAGUAGCCUAAAAUUUUGGAGCAUCCACGAAUCUCAAAUUAAAAUUUCAAGUACAGGGUGAAUUUCACUGAAUUCUCAAGUAUCACAGGAACCUAGCUUAAAAUGUCUUGUUUUCCAUUUCAAACAAAGUUAAUAUUUUGAGAGCAUGAAUAUGAAAACCAUACAGUGUACAGUACUGUGUAUUUAUAGCCACAGUGUUGAUUAGUAGUUGUAUACUGUAUGACUAAAUAUGUUAUGUUUUGGGAACGGCUGGAAUUUCUGUUACAAUAAAUUUGAUACACCCAUUGUAUGUCUCUUAGAUACUUGCAAUGAGUGGGAAUUUGGAACUACCCGUACCAUUUUUUGAGAGAGUUCCAGUGGAACUAUGUACAGUCAGCCAAAGAUGCAUCGACUCCACCCUGGCUCUCGUUCUCACAAUUUUACCUGGCAAUGCAGGCAGUCCCUGAGUUACAACCAUUUGACUUACUAUCAUCCACAUUUACACGAACGGGAUCCCAAUAUAUUCAUUGCAAUUUUUUUAAAUUAAAAUGGCUUUUUUACAUUAUUUUCAUUUUUCAGUAUUGUUCAGCAUCACUUUAUUUACAGUAUUUACACUACAGGUAUAUGUUAAGUACUGGAUAUUACUGUUGUUUUGUAUGGACAGGGUUAUACUUUAACCUAACCUAAACUGUGGAACUAACACUGUUCUAGCUUACCAACAAAUCGACUUACUUUUUAAGUCGGGAAUUGCCUCUACUUGAGUAAUAGGGAUUGUGAUUGGUGGAUUUAUUUUAAGCUGUAUCACUCUCAGGAUAAAUAUUAAACAAUCCAAAGGUAUAAUUUUUAUAGUAAUAAACUAAUCAUCGUUACUUAAGGUCAUGAGUUUUCCAAAUGUUUGUAUAUUUACUUGAAAUAAUUAAGAAAUUAUAUUCAUGAAUUGGCAAUGCACCUACAGUACAACCAAGGCUGCCACAAAAUUCUCACACCAAAUUUCAACAAUACAUGUUGCACAUUUAAUCUUUAGUGUUUCAUGAAGGAAUUUAUUCUCUUUACAAAUUGAGCAUGAUAAUCAGCCUAAAGUGCCUUUUAACUGCUCUUACCAUAGCACAUCCUUAGAAUUAUUCAAAAUUUGGUACAAAACUGAUUAGUGUCUUUUAGUAGUUUGGUGACUAGUAGAGUCCUCUUAAGGUUUGCAUUUAUGAUGUUUUAAAUUUGGUAAUUACAUUUAUAAAUACAGUAUAAACAUGUACCUGUACAUCAUUUCUCUUUCCCCAGAAAUAGUAGCUGAUUAUGUCAACUGUACUGUAUAAUGAUUUUUUUUAUUCAUCUUUUAUAAUACAAAAGGAAAUUUGGUUUGAUCACUAUUUUUGUUUAACCAAAGUUUUUUAAACAUAUUUUUUAUAUGAAUAUCAGAAAAUUACAACCACAUCCUUUGAUCAGCUGUGAUCUUGUUGACUACCACCAACUAUUGUAUUUCCAAAUUAUUUUUAAGCUGAUAUGACUUUUUGUAAGGUAAAUUUUUUAUUUGCAACAUUUUAAAGUAAUUUCAGGCUUGCAAGGUAAUAAAAUCAACUGAAAAUCAUUCAUACAUCUAUCUUAAUCUGGUUUUAAUUAAACACAUCAGUGUUUAUCUUGGCAUUAUGCUGUGUUAUGUUUACUUAGUUUUGGCUUGUAUACUGCAUUGGCAUAGUGUUUUGUACUAAAGAUAUACAGUACUGUACAGGUAAACCUUGAUUUAUGAUGGGGUUACAUUCAUGAAAACCCCAUUGUAUAUUGAAAUAUCAUAAAUCGGGUUCAUUAUAACAUGGGGUUCAAUGGGAUAAGUUCCCAGCCAGUCCAGCAGAACACAUGUAUCACUGAAGAAAAAAAAUUCCUACACAAAUAAAAUAAAUAGAAAACACUCCCACAUUAUUAAGAACAAGCCUCGCUGCUUCAGAAUGUCAAGCUUCACCUCCAGGGUGUCUUGGCCUUCUCAGAUGCAGGAGCCUUCAGCAACAGCUUGCUAGACAUUUUCAAAGUUACUCUACUCACUUCAGUCACAAACAUAGUGAAAUCACUUCACAGACACAGUAAAUGUGAGGAAUAAAAAUUAUAAAUAAAAUAAAAUAAAAAAUACUGCAUUGCCAUUUGGCAUCAUUUCGUAGGACACAAGACAGAGAACAGCUGAGAGAUCCUCCAUGCCUCGCCCACUCCCCUUCCCACUUCCCCACUCUGUGGAUUAACUCUGUGCCUGGAGAAAUGUUUAUUCCCAUUACGUUUUACCUUUUUUUUUUUUGCGCAUAAAGUAUGAAUGAUUGCGUGUGCAUGUAACAGUAAAAAUAAAUAAAUAAAUAAAAAAUACGUACCCCGGUAUAUUCACCCAAAACUACGCAUUGAAAAAGAACAAUAACGCAGUUCACAGCAUGACCUAGUAGGGGGAGGUCGAGAUCCUCGACACCACACCCCCCUCCCCAUUUCGCCUCCUAUGAUCGCAAACGAAAGAAAUGUUUAUUCUCUAUGUUUUUACCUCAUAAUAAUCAUUUCAAUUUUUUUGUACUUUCUAUUAGAACAAUUGUGUGUGCAUUUAACAGAUUUUUUUCUUUUUUUUUCCCCAUUAGAUACUCGGUAAUCUACCUGAAAUUAUAGGUUGAAAAAUAAUCAUAACAUAAUUCACAGCUGGCACAAAGAAAUCUUUAUUCCCUUUAUAUCUUUUAAUUUUUGAUUAUUAUUUUUUUUUUUUUUUUUUUUAUAUAUUCACAUUCUGUACGAAUGAUUGUGUGUGUGCAUGUAGCAGAGUAAAAAAAUUAAGAAAAUUAUGUAUACAGUACUUGCAUGAAAUGGUGUGGAGCAAUAACAUAGCUCACAGCUCGGCUUCACCCCCCUCUGAUUGUUACUGGAUGGCGAGUCGGCUACACAAUUACAUGCCAUUCCACUGAUAUUAUUCCUUGUUAUCUCUUGUUUAGGAUAUUAGUUCUUGUUAUUCCUCAUUUAGUAAUAAUUUUGCAUUAAUGGUCAGUUUAUAGGAAAUCAUCCCAAUUGUUAAAUAAGGUAUACCUGUACAUUAUUCCGUGCCUCAAUGAGUUUGGCCGGACAAUGGCCAUCAUUAAUGCAAAUUUUUUAAUCGUAAAAUAAGGAGGGUCUUAAUACAUUAUCACUUAAAGCAAAAUAGCGUAAAUAGAGAGAUCGUAUAUCUAAGUUUACCUAUACCUGUACAGUACUUUUUUAGUGAGGGGUUUGUUAAUUUUAGUAUGUUUGCCUUCACAAGAAACAUUAAACCUUGUUUUUAACUUUGUUUAAAUUUUAUGCCUUGCUUUGCCUUGCCUUGGAAGACUGUCAUCAAAAGUUGAGGUUACAUGAAUGUUAAAAAAGAAAAGAGGUGCAAUUGCUUGUAAUAGGCAUAGAGUACUGUAUUCAUGAAUGGUAAAUUCAUGAAUGCUGUACAGAUAAAUUUCUGGAUGGUUAGUGGUCAAGCUAGCAUGAUCAGCAAGAUGUGGUGGACAUCAUGAUUAGUUGGAUUUGUAUAUGUACUACAGAACAAUAUGCUUACCACUGAUCAUAAAAUAAGAUAUCCGGAUCAAUAUCUUAAUAAUAAUUCAAGAUCUGCAUUUCAGUGUCAAGAAAUAUGAUAACCAAUUACAGUAUAUUGAAUAAAAUCUAUAUAUUUUG